UGCCCCCACCUGGGCGGUAGGCUUGCCUCAGUUGCAUUCCCGGUUUCCGCCGUGACUGGGUCUCACCGGUGCCUCUGUCCCCGCCGCAGCCCGCAAUGCCCUGGUGGUGUCCUUCGCGGCUCUGAUGGCGUACUCCUUCGAGGUGACCGGAUCCCAGCCUUUCGUUCUAACGGGGCACACAGCUGGGGGCCUCCCUCCAGUGCAGCUCCCUCCUUUCUCCGUGACCACCGCCAAUGGGACGGUCUCGUUCGCCGAGAUGGUGCAGGGCAUGGGGGCCGGGCUGGCUGUGGUGCCCCUCGUGGGUCUCCUGGAGAGCGUUGCUGUGGCCAAGGCCUUUGCCUCACAGAGCAGCUACCGCAUCGACACCAACCAGGAGCUGCUGGCCAUAGGUCUCACCAACGUGCUGGGCUCCCUGGUCUCGUCCUACCCCGUCACCGGCAGCUUCGGGCGGACCGCCGUGAAUGCGCAGUCAGGCGUGUGCACCCCGGCAGGGGGGCUGGUGACUGGUGUGCUGGUGCUGCUCUCCCUGCGCUACCUGACGUCGCUGUUCUACUACAUCCCCAAGGCCGCGCUGGCCGCCGUCAUCAUCACGGCCGUCACCCCGCUCUUUGACGCCAAGAUCUUCAGGACACUCUGGCACGUUAAAAGGCUGGACCUGCUGCCCCUCGGUGUGACCUUCCUGCUGUGCUUCUGGGAGGUGCAGUACGGCAUCCUGGCCGGCACGCUGCUGUCGCUGCUCUUCCUCCUGCACUGGGCAGCCAGGCCCCACACCCAGGUGUCCGAGGGGCCGGUGCUGGUCCUGCAGCCGGCCAGUGGACUGCACUUCCCCGCCAUCGAGGCCCUGCGAGAGGCGGUCCUGCGGCGGGCUCUGGGAGAGUCCCCGCCGCGCAGCCUGGUCCUGGAGUGCAGCCACGUUUCCAGCGUGGACUACACGGUGGUGCUGGGGCUGGGCGAGCUCCUCGAGGACCUCCGCAAGCAGGGCGUCUGCCUGGCGUUUGCCAGCCUGCAGAGCGCCGGGCCUGGUCCUCCGGGGGCCCGUUGGUAUGGAAUCUCCUCUCUGGCGGCGGGCCUCUGCCUGCUUCCCCUCCACCACCUCGCCAGACACUCGGGGGCUCGGCCCUGGCGCCUGCCGCACGGUCGUGGCAGAACCUUGCCCUGGAUUCAAGGGGGUCUGCCCUGCAGGUGCCCGUUGCUCCGCACCCUGCUUGCCGCUGACCUGAAGGGGUUCCAGUAUUUCUCCACGCCGGAGGAGGCAGAGAAACACCUGAGGCAGGACCCAGGGCUGGGGCCCUACGAGAUCCACGAGGACGGCACCCCCCGACCCCGCGGCCGCCCUGCUGCAGGCCUAGUCGGCCAUCGAGGGCAGCUGGUGUGGAAAGAGCCUCCAGAAAGUUCCCGUCACUGUGACUGGAUGCGGCGGGGAAAGGACGCACAGGGGACCCGGGGCGGGGCAGAGUGCCGCGUGGGGCCCCCAGGCUGCCCCUGCUGCCGGCUGGCACGGGGGCUUCCACACGAGCCUCCGAGGCGGCAGACAGGAAGGAGGGCUCCGGACCCCAGCGCCUCCCCGGUUCCCCAGUCCCGCCUCCCUCGGAGCUGGGCCCGGCCAGGGGAGGGCGGAGGAGGCAGCGGCGUCCAGACCCAGCCCUGGGGACGCAGAGAAAACCGUGUACCCCGGUGACUAAAGAGUGAUUGUGUUUUUUAAAGGAAGAGAUGGC